CAGUUCGAUUGAAGGAGGCUUUCAAACACUUCCAGCUGAGUUUGAUACGCUGAUCAACAGAAAGUUUGCUUUUCAAAUCAAAGUUUCCAGUUAUAACAUUGCUAACCAGUCGGAAAACUAUGGUAUUUCUAUGUUAUCUUCUGACGAUGACAUACUCUCAGCGCUAGAGAAAAAAUGGAAAAUUAACGAGGUUGAUCAGUCUGAGUCAAAUGUUCAAUCACUGUCUGAUUCGGUCAGUAAUGUAAAAUUCAUAUCUAAGGAAUCACAAUCUGUAAUUGGUGACAAUGUUACACCAGAACAUGUUGAUGUUGCCGAUCAUGGUCAGUCAAAGUUGGAAAACGUCAAACGUAACCUUCAAGAAGUUUAUGAUGUUGAUGCUGUUGACAGUUCUUCAAGUAAACGUCCGAACAUUCCGGGUGAUGUUGAAAUAAAAGAUGCUAUCAAGUUUGACCUCAUCACUCCAAAGUUAGAGAAAUGAAGGAAUCUGCCCUUGGUCUAGAUUUGAAUUUCCAUUUUACAUAUUUUUAAGACUUAUGAGUUGGAAUAAGGCAUUAUAUGCUAUUGAU